AGCCCGUGACGCCUUGUCUGAGGAGGCUGAUCGCUCAAACGAGGCAGCUCAGGCUCUGGAUGGCCAGGGGCGACUGUCCGCAUGCUGUAGAGAGCACCUCGCUCUUUCUCGAGCUCAUCCUUGCCGAUCUGGCCGGUACUCGGACAUCGCUCGAAUUGCGCGCUUCCUAUGGCAUGGCACUCACUCGUUUUGUGAGCGGGAUAGUCGAUCCAGCACAGCAGGGCGUCUAUGCGCGCUCGAUUGCCGUCAUUGCUGCUCAGGUCGGCCUGCCUCUUUGGUUCGUCGAGCUUAGGCACGCCUCGACUCACGAAGCACUGCCCAGCCUGAUCGCCCUACGAGCGGCAGCACAUCAGGCUUUGGCGUGGCUCGAUGAAAAGUAUUGGUUACCUCAGAUGACGCGACUGCAUAGUGCUAGCCCGCCCACACAGAGCGAGCCCACGCCACAUAUGUUGAGCGAGAUCCGAGAUCAUCUCAUCGCCUACAAGACAGCUCAGAAGCAUUUCCUGCGCGAUCAAGCUUCCGUCGCGCCAACAGAGAUCACUAAGACGGUCUCUGCCCUCUGGAGCGCUGCAGAGGGCACUGCUCGAACGUGCCUGGCUUCCGUCACUUUGGCGUCUGGCGAGCUUGUACCUGUUGCGUUGGGACUCGUUUUCGGCUUGCUGCUGGAGCCCGGCGGUCUCGUACCUAAAGCGAAAAAAAAAAGACUAAACAGCCCCGGGGAGCCGCUCAGUCUGCAAGCGAUCGAGCUCUGGGCCCCUCUGCUCGACUUUCUUGCCGAUCUUGCGGAUGAGCAUGAAUUGGACAUUGAGCGCGGGCUCAGCACGCGGAUGACCGAGGUCGUCUUGUCCACAGCUACACCUGCCGAACUGCUUGGCGCACGAUAUGAAGCAGAUCAAGAUAUGCUCCGACUAGAAAGCGAGGGCGAGAGCGAUGUGCAAGCUAUCCGUGCGACCCUUGCCGGCUGGAUCAUGUAUCUUGUCAGUCGAAGAGACGACUACAGCCUUUUGGACGUCCUCGCACCCCUAUUGCUCAGAUCUGAUCAUUCGUAUGAUGUCGUUGCCAGUCUGAUAGGCACGCCGCCAGCAAGCGAGCUCGAGGCCGGCAUCAUCCAAGCGAGAGCCGUGGCACCCUCAAGCAUGCACGUCGAGCUCGAGUCACUUGAAACCCGUCUGGAAGGCAUGUCUGCUCGCGCUCAAGAACUGAUCGCCGAGCACGUCAGCAUUCAGCCAGUCCAAGCAGAAUCCGCAGCCAAUGUCACGCAAAGCGAUGGCAUGCACUGGCAUCGUCAGGACAAGAGUGCGUGGCAGCCCUGUCCCCUCGGUCAGCUCACGUCUGAUCGGCUGUCGGAUCUGAGUCAUGUACAAGCUGUUCAUUAA